UUUCUACAUCUAUCCAUCCACAUACACCAGGCAGAGAGAGACAAGUACAGGCAGUGAAACUCGACGAGACCAGCCAUGGUAGCGAGGGCUCAGCCUGAUCGGAAACAAUUACCGCUGGUCCUACUGAGAUUGCUUUGCCUUCUCCCUACAGGGCUGCCAGUCCGCAGCGUGGAUUUUACCCGAGGUACCGAUAACAUCACCGUGAGGCAGGGGGACACAGCCAUCCUCAGGUGUUAUGUAGAAGACAGAAGCUCCAAGGUGGCCUGGUUAAACCGUUCUGGCAUCAUUUUUGCUGGAGAGGACAAGUGGUCCCUGGACCCUCGAGUAGAGCUGGAGAAGAGAAACCCCCUGGAAUACAGCCUGCGGAUCCAGAAAGUGGAUGUCUAUGAUGAGGGCUCCUAUACGUGUUCAGUACAGACACAACAUCACCCCAAGACUUCCCAGGUUUACUUGAUUGUGCAAGUUCCACCAAAGAUCUCCAAUAUCUCCUCGGACAUCACCGUGAAUGAGGGCAGCAACGUAACCCUGGUUUGCAUGGCAAAUGGUCGUCCUGAGCCUGUCAUCACCUGGAGGCACCUCACCCCAACAG